AUGUCUGGGUCGUCCGGUUAUGACAAACUUUUGCCUGAGACGAGACUCUCAUUGUUGGAAAAGUCUUUGAAGCAAACUGAUUCCCUGUUACAUUCAGCUAGCGAAGAGGGCCUCCUCAUCGAUGCUCCCCGCCUUCAACUCAAGCUAUCGGAGUUAACAAUCCAUGUCGAUAGGCUCGCUGUUCGUACGCAUAGAGCUGCAACAUUGUACCAACAAUGUGGCGAAAUGGCGAAGGGCUUGACUUGUAAGAUUCUCUCGACUCAUAACCAAGUGAGACUCGUGCUUGCUGAGAUUGCUUCGCAGAGAUUGGCGACAACCGAACGGAGAAGCAACGGUCAAGCUGUGAGGAACGUAUUGUCGGCAAACCCGGCUGCCAUCGUGGUAAGACACUCCAGAGAGGUACCAACACCGUCUGUGUCAAUACCAGCACCUUCAUCGACUAGACAAGCCUCUGGUGCUGAUGUAAACAAUCAACGCAUGGGACCUGUAGUCCCGCGCAAUGUCAUACCGACUUUGAUGUCGACGCGCAGGCAGCGACAACCAUUGGCUAUGAACACAAGCUGAUAGCAAUGGGACCGGUCUUUGGAAACUUAGUUAAGCCACCGUCAUCCCCCGUCGCUCGCCCCGCACCGAGACACAGUGUCGCCAAUAGGCCCGUCCAUCCCCCUACUAUUCCUCGUGCAUCUAGGGCUUCUC